AUGUGGAUGCUAACAUAUGGAAUAGCAGCUGAUGGUGCUGAUGAGUACGUCCGGUCCGCUGAGGCUACUAAUUUAGAGUCUUGCAAGAAAUUUGUGAUCAAAGUUUGUGAAGUUUUUGGGGAAAGGUACCUGAGAUCUCCAAAUGAAGAAGACAUUGCUAGGUUACUUGCAAUAGGGGAGGAAAGAGGAUUUCCUGGAUCUCUGAAUGAUAUAAAUGUUCUUCAACGUUCUCCUAUUUUUACAAAGCUAGCUGAAGGCCAAACUCCUCCAGUGAAUUAUAGCAUCAAUGGCCAUCAGUACACAAUGGGGUAUUAUCUUGCAGAUGGUAUCUAUCCACGGUGGGCAACAUUUGUGAAGAGCAUACCAGCUCCAGAUACCAGAAAACAUAAAACUUUUGCCAAGAGGCAAGAGGGGGCUAGGAAAGAUGUGGAACGAGCCUUUGGAGUUCUUCAAUCCCGUUUUGCCAUUGUUCGUGGACCUGCUAAAGGAUGGAAACGUAAUGAAAUCGGUGAUGUCAUGAAAGCUUGUGUCAUAAUGCACAAUAUGAUAGUUGAAGAGGAGCGACAAACUGGUCGGCAAAGCUGCACUUUUGAGGCAAUGGGAGAAAGAGUCACGGUCUCUCGUACUCAUGCAGAACAACUGAGCUCUUUUAUUCAGAUGACUCACCGGAUUAGAAAUCAAGGUGAACAUGAUCAGCUUAAACUUGAUCUAAUUGACCAUCUCUGGCAAAAGUUUGGAAACGAGUGA